AUACACUAUUGUAAGAUAUGAACAUCAAAAUUUUAGUUUCUUUUAAAGUUUGCCAACAAUAAUCCUCAAAAUAAUAUUUAUUUUAAUUAUAAAUUUAAAUGUAUAUAUAAUAUGUUCAAAAUGAACAUACAAUAUAUAUACAUAAAUAUAAAGGCCCGUACGUAAUAGUAAUACGGGAGGAAAUACUAGUAACUAAUAAGUGGAAAUGAACAGAAAUUUGUAAGCCAAAAUAAAGCUGAAAACAAGUAAGACCUUUAUAAACAUAGAUAGAAAGAAUCUUCUAGGGUGGUCCUGCUUGAACCAGUGGUGAAGGAGUCCUUCCAAUUUGUACGUAUCUUUGAUUCAUUAGAGAUAUAUUAUAAAAAUCAAAUAAUCUAAUAAACAAUAUAAAAGUUAAAACUCUAAAAUUUAAUUAAUAAAUAAAAAUGUGAAAUUAAAUAUUUUAUUUUAAAUAAAAAUAUACUUAAAAGAAAAAUUCAAAAUAAAAACUAUAUAAAUUAAUUAUUAUUCUUGAUUAAACUUUAUAGAGUUUUAUUCAGUAUUUAAAAAUAUGGUCUAUGAACCCGUGUAGGUUGUGUGUAUGCGAUGUACAAUAGUUAACCGUACCGUUUACAUAUUACAAAGUGUUUUAUACGGACUUAUAUAGUUUAAGCGCAUAAUAACGUUUAGGUGAAUAUUAUGCGAUCUAGCAAAUACCUAGAUGGAUUUAAGCAUUAAUAUUUUUUUUAAACUAAAUAUUACCAUUAUUAUAUAGUUUACUAAUGUUUAUUAAUUUUUAUUUAUUUAUGUAUUUAUAUGAUUAUAGCUAUUGGUUUAAUAAUUUGAAAAAUAAUUUCACUUUAUAAAUGUUUAUCAUCAUUAUAUAUAUUUAAACACGUUUUGCAAAAAAAAAUAUUUAUGUUACUAUAUUUUACACAUAAAAAUUAUAUUUGAAAUAUAUUCUCUGUUCAGUUUUCGAAAACUAAUGUAUAUGUAUUAUUAUUUUUAUUUAUAUAUAUCCAUCUAAAUUCCAUUUACACGUCCGCGCGGCUAUUAGCUAGAGGUUUAUCUGCCGCCGACGCCUAGCUUGUUUUAGAACAAUGGUUUUGUUGCGACAAACAAAAUUUUGAAGGAGAUAGAGACGUAAAGUCUUUCAAAUAAUAGUCAUGGCAAACAUACUAAUACUAAAUCGGUCAAAAUUCCGAAUGCUAAAAUAGUGCUGAAAAUUCGUAGCAGUUCAGUCUGCUUGUGGUCCUAUAAAAAGGGUACGAGACUGGCAAUAAAAAAAGCAUGUACCCACAACUACAAGAAGCAUCUAAAAUCAAAACGAGAGAAGAUGGCGAACAACGGCAACGCAAACGGCAAUGUUUGGCAGUUUAAAGGAAACACAGCAACUAGUGAUGCGGCUGCGGUAGCGUUGAGAAAGCUUGUUUUUAAGAUGUUCAGAAACUACAACUUGAACAGCGGGAAACCCAUCUUGGCCCCAAGUCCUGGCGAUCCCUCCGCCUCUCCCAGCUUUCUGACUUGCCCCGUAGCAGAGGAAGCCGUGGCUGCAGCGGCACGCUCGGGCAUGGCUAACUCUUAUGCACCGAGCCCUGGAAUUUUAAAAGCUAGAAGGGCGGUAGCGGAUUAUCUAAACGGAGAGCUUCCAGCGAAGCUGAAGGAGGAGGAUGUGUAUAUCACAGGUGGUUGCAACCAGGCAAUAGAGAUUGUAAUAGAUUCACUAGCCGGAAAUUCAGUCGCCAACAUUCUGCUUCCAAGGCCGGGUUACCCUCACUACGAUGCUCGUGCUCUCUAUAGUUGCCUUGAGGUUCGCAAGUACGAUCUCCUUCCCCAAAAAGAUUGGGAGAUAGACCUAGACGGCCUCGAGGCUGCUGCUGAUGAGAAUACCGUUGCAAUGGUACUUAUCAAUCCCAACAAUCCUUGUGGAAAUGUCUACAGCUACGAUCAUCUCAAUAAGGUUGCCGAGAUUGCUAGGAAACUUGGUAUAGUGGUGAUAUCUGAUGAAGUAUACAAACAUGUUGUAUAUGGAGAUAGGCCUUUUAUUCCCAUGGGGAUCUUUGCAUCGAUAGCUCCAGUGAUCACGCUCGGAUCCAUAUCCAAGGGAUGGGUCGUCCCGGGUUGGAGAAUUGGUUGGAUAGCCAUGAAUGAUCCUAAUAGCAUUUUGAAAUCAACAGGGGUUAUUCAAGCAAUAGAGGAUUGUUUAGACUUAACUCCACAACCUUCACUUAUUCUCCAGGAGGCACUUCCUGAUAUAUUAGAGAAAACACCUAAAGAGUUCUUCGACAAGAAGAUUAAAGCAAUGAGACACUCGGUAGAGUUUUCGUGUGAGAGGCUCAAGGAUAUCCCUUGUCUCUUUUGUCCCAAGAAACCUGAAUCUUGUUCUUACUUAUGGGUAAAACUUGAUACGUCAAUGUUGGUUAAUAUCAAAAAUGACUUUGAGUUUUGCAUGAAGCUAGUUAGUGAGGAGAGCGUCCUCUUGAUUCCAGGAGUGGCUCUAGGGGCUGAUAAUUGGGUGAGAAUAUCGAUUGGAACCGACGCGUCAGUGCUAGAUGAGAUAUUUGACAGAAUAAAAACCUUCUAUGAUCGCCAUGCAAUAAGGAAGCUACCCAAUUCAAUGGGUCUAUUGCAAAUUUACAAUGAUCAGGAAAUGGAAAUUUGUUUUUCUUAAUCCCUAAAGUCUCCAGGGUUUUCGUUUUGUAACAACUAACAAGGGACGAAUAAAUCUAAGUAUUUGAACUUUUGUAAUAUUUAAGUCGUUACUCAAAAACAGUAAUAUUUUAAGUCAUCAAUAAAAAGUUGAAUUAUUGACUAAA